CAUUGAAAAGAUCCGUUCGAAAAUCGUGCAUCGCUAAAUGGCGUUACAGAUGAAUCGGAGUAAAUGAAAGAAACACCGUGAUUACUCGGUUUUAUUAAUCCAGGUGCAUCAUUGACUACAUUUUAUAUGCGCAAAUACAUGUAGGAGUUUUAUUGCAGAAAAUGUCAAAUGAAUAGGAUAUGUCGUCAUCAGAGAGCGACAUAACAACAAACGGCUGCGCUGAGCAGUGGGCACAAGACUGAACGGUCUGAUCAUGGACAGUGAAGUACAGAGAGAUGGAAGAGUUCUUGAUCUCACAGACGAUGCUUGGAGAGAAGACAGACUGCCAUACGAGGAUGUAACAAUCCCACUGAGCGAACUUCCAGAAGCAGAACAAGACAACGGCGGAUCAACCGAGUCAGUCAAAGAGCAAGAGAUGAAGUGGUCAGAUCUCGCCCUGCAAAGUUUGCAUGAAAACACCCCAAACAUCGGCACUUAGAUGAGGAGCUCUGUCCUCUCAACUGACCCCCAGCCGUUUAUCUGCUUGUGUGGGUGACUGAUCCAAAAUUUAUAAUAGAAAGAACACAGACUCAUUUCUGAAAAUGUGACAAAUAAUUGUGAUUUUAAUUAAAAGUGUUUCAUUGUUUUGAUAUCAAAAGAACUAAAUAAAAUAUUUAAAAUUGAA